GAGACAAAGACACGGGAAGAGAGAGUGAAAGGAUUCGGUCCCUUUUUCUCCUUUCUCUCUCUCUCUCACUCUCAUCUUCUUCUUGUGAAAUUAAACUCAAAACUUAAGUCUCAAAGAAGAAAGAAGAAAGAAAAAGAACAUCUUCAAAGUUUCAGUCUCAGGUGGUUCACACAGUUAAUGCCGACUCUUACUUCUUUUCGCCGUUACGCGUAAUGGUCAAUCUACAUUCCAAUUCCGAUAACCUCUACUGAGGCUUCCAAUGUUGAAGGGAGAGGCAGAGCCUAAGCAGAGGAAAGGUUGGUCAAACUCGCUACUAGAGUUUCGAUCAGGGUUUGGUGAAAAGAUGAAACUCGUGUCAAAGAAACGUUGGAAAUCUCUUGCACCUCUUAAUCUGAAAAGCAAAUCAGUAGCCCGGUUUUGCUUCUUUUCCAAGUUGAAGUCAAGCAACCACGGUCCAGACAGAGAACCGGUCUAUCUCAAUGUUUAUGACUUGACUCCUAUUAACGGAUAUAUCUAUUGGGCAGGCCUCGGUAUCUUUCACUCUGGUGUAGAAGUUCAUGGAGUAGAAUAUGCUUUUGGUGCACAUGACUACGCAACCAGUGGUGUUUUCGAGGUCGAACCACGGCAAUGCCCGGGCUUCAAAUUCAAGAAGUCAAUAUUCAUUGGAACCACGAACUUAAACCCGGCACAAGUGAGAGAGUUCAUGGAAGACACGGCUUGCAGUUACUAUGGGAAUAUGUAUCACUUGAUUGCUAAGAACUGCAACCAUUUCUGCCACGACGUUUGCUACAAGCUUACCGGCAAAAAGAUCCCAAAAUGGGUGAACCGCCUUGCCCAAAUAGGUUCUGUGUGUAGCUGCAUACUUCCCGAGUCACUCAAGAUCACAGCGGUUGGUCGUGAUGAUCCGGACGGGCAAAUCUCAGAGGAAGAAAGCGAAAAGAGAAGUCUCACAACAAGCUCAUUCACCUGCUUGUCUUCCAUCUCCAUGAGACAAAAACAGCUUUCAACAUCCUCUUUACUGAUACAAUCACCUCUCAGAGGCUGCUUACCUCCAUGGCAACUCAAACGAUCAAAAUCUGACACCAGUUCCUUGAAAGGAAGGUAGACAUUCCGACCCGACAUUUCUGUUCUCCGUCUUUGUAAGAGAGUUAGAAAAAAACAGGUUUCCUUUUAACAGGCUUUAAAAACCCAUUUGUCUUUCUCUUUUGUUUGUAUUUUUAUUCAAAAUUCGUAAAACUCAUUAAUCAAAUGAAACCCCUUUAUUUAGCGUA